AUGGCCAUGCUCGCAACGUCCGGUGUGGCAGCCGCAUCCCUGUACUACCUCGACCACAAACUGGGUGUGAGUCGCGACAUCGCAAGUUACCGGAAGGCACAGGAAUUUGGAAGGCGAUAUGCAAAAUAUCUCGCAAAGCUGGGGUCGAAUUCAGCAAAUCUGUACCGAGUCCUCGAGCUUGCCAAUCCUGUGAACGACGCGCUUUGGUUCGAAGGCAGGACCUGGACCUACAGCUCUUUGAAGCGAACAGUCGACGAGCUCGCAGUCGGCCUCUACUAUGGGCUGGGGAUCAGUGGAGGAGACAUUGUGACCGUCUUCAUGACCAAUUGUCCGGAGAUGAUCUUCAUCAUCUACGCGAUCACCAAACUGGGUGCUGCUCCAGCUUUGGUCAACAAUUCCCUGAGAGAUGAGACCUUGCUUCACUGCAUUCGACGCCCAGGCUCAAAGGUCGUUAUCACCUCUCCUAAUAUUGCACCGCAUGUUGCUGCAGCACUGAAAUGUCUCGAAACGCCAGUAACAGUUGCCUGCCUGAAUCUCGGCACGUUUCGUCCCUACGAAACUCCCGCCUGCGAUGUCAUGGAUUUUCCGCACCAGGAUCCUAGUUCCCAACCUCCCCUUCCGACACCGCCACCGGCCACUCUUGCAUCCCCUGGAGUCUUGGUUUUCACGUCAGGAACCACGGGAUACCCGAAAGCCUGUAACAUCAAGAACGCCCUUGCCACUGUAGUAGCAUGCACCAAUUCCAAAGAUGCCUCGAAUCCGAAAAAGUACCUUUCUCCCCUUCGGGUCUAUUCAUGUAUGCCGCUUUUCCACGGAACGACUGUCUUCGGAGGUAUCAUCGCCUCGGUAGGAAACAGCGGCUGCUUCUGUCUAGGUCGAAAAUUCUCUGCCAGAGGAUUUUUCAAAGAGGUUCACCAAGCGCGGGCUACGCGAAUUCUCUACGUCGGCGAACUUCUCCGGUUUCUACUAGCCACUCCACCUGGCGAGUAUGACCGCAACCACAACGUAACUGUCGCCUUGGGCAAUGGCUUACAAAAAGAUGUAUGGAUUGCAUUUCAGCACCGCUUCAACAUCCCCGAAGUCCGAGAAGUUUACCGAUCGAGCGAAGGGCUGGUUUCUUACGAGAACAUUCAUCGAAGAUCGACGCCGGGUGCCGGGAAAGUCGGCUACGCAGGGCUGAUUCGCAGGAAAUUUCUCUCUAGUGAUCAACGGAUCGUCAAGUUUGACUACGACACGGAAAUGCCAUACCGUGAUCCCAAAACGGGAUUCUGCAUCAUCGCACAGAAGGGCGAGCCUGGCGAAGCAAUCGGAAGAGUUAAAUCCUUGGACACUUACACAAACUACUAUGGCGACGAGGAGGCUACAGAGAAGAAGAUGCUGAGAGACGUCUUCGAGAAAGGAGAUCUCUGGCAGCGAAGCGGUGAUCUUCUCGUCGAGGAGACUACCAACUGGGUACGAUUUGUCGACCGCAUCGGGGACACAUACCGGUGGAUGGGAGAAAAUGUGUCUGCAAACGAGAUCGCCAAUCAUAUCGGCGAGCUCCCUGAUGUGGCAGACGUGGUUGUCGUCGGCAAAAGGCUUGAGAAAUACGAUGGACAGACAGGCGCUGCACUGAUAAUUCUAAAGCUUGUAGGGGAGCAGCAGGCUGCCGCACGAGAAUCCACCUUCAUGAAAAACCUGUACCAGAACAUCAAGAAGAAAGGCGUCCCUCGAUACGCCGCGCCGAGAUUGAUAAACGUGGGUUAUCAACUCCCCGAUGUAGGUGCCACUUUCAAGCACUCCAAAGCCUCCAUCAAAGACAUCGACUGGGGCAACAUCGAGCCGAACAAAACAGUGGGGCUGAAGUACUGGCUUGAUCUUGAGAGUGGGACCUACAAGGUUCUUGACCGGGAGGCCUGGUUAAAUGUGGAGGGAGGGAAAGCCAGACUGUAA